CGAGUCUCAGUUGCAAACUUCAAUUCUUUGAAAGCACAUUAAACUGCGCAUCAAAAUUGGUUUAUUGGACUAUAAAGCUUUUUCAUUAAAAAAGUAUUCACUAAACAACGACUAACAGUUUAAAAUGGAUAAGUGGCUGAAACCGUCAUUCGCCAAUCUAUUGGAGAACCAGAAGUUCUCAGAUUGCCGCAUAUUGGUGGAAAACGAGUCUUUUGAUUGUCAUAAGCUUAUCUUGGGCAGUGCCUCAGAAUUUUUUGAACGAAUGUUCCUUAGCGAUUUCCAGGAAUCGAAAACUGCGGAAUUUCGUCUAAAUGACGUAAGCCCCGAUACCUUCAGAAUAUUUCUGGACUACGUUUACACCUAUGAUUUUGAAAAAUUGAAGAAGAACCCAAACGAGAUAAUAUUUGAUCUCUUCGAAUGUGGAAAUAAGUGGCUUGUGAAGUCUAUUACUGACGAUUGUGAGGCAGUCCUUAAAGAGAGGGCCCCCCAAAUGUCCAUUGGUAAUCUUGUCGAGACCUUUCAGUUUGCCCACAAUGCUGAACACAAUGGUAUUAUUGACGUUGUCACAUAUAAUUUCUUGCGCUUAGCAGGCGGUAUGAAGUGCUAUGAUUGUCUAUUCCUCACAUCUGAUGCUUUUGAGAAGUAUAUUCUUAUAUGCGAUGGUAAAAUUCCUGAAGAAGAUCGUUUUAAGAUGAUUGAGGCCUACGUUACCAUUAAUGGACUGAUUGAUGCCGAAACCGCUGAUAGCGGUGUUAAUGGGACAAUUUUGGACGAAUUUAAAAUCUUAAAAGACGAUGACAAGCCAGGAUGUUCUAAGGAGAUUUCCGUUGCCGAGAACAAAGCAGCAGUUUCUUUACCGGAUAAGAAUGGUAUUGAGUCUUCGGCUGGAGACAACAAAGAUAUAAAAUUGAAAAAACUUCUUUUAACUUAUGUUAAGACAUUGGUGAACUACAUUCAUUUCGAAAGGAUGAAUAAGACUAUAUUUUACAAUGUGGUUGGAAAAUCACGUUUACUGACUCAUGAAGAAAAAUUUGAGAAAAUGUUCCUAACAAAGUAAAUUAUUUCUUAUCAGUGAUAUGAUAAGUUAUCACAUGUAAUACAUAUAUAACGUGUCAUAUAUAAAACUUUGUAAUAAAUAUUUCAAGAAUAUGGAUUUUUUUCUAUAAAUUAAAA